CCUGUUGCCAAGGCAACAGCAAUUAAGUUAUUCACGGCAGAUAAAAGGAGAGAGCACAAACAGCGAAAAUAAUACCACCAUCUGUCUCUGUAAGGACACAUUUGCCAGACUCUCAGCGACUCAAAGGGUGUCACGUCUUUGUUAUCAGCUGCCAUGUUCAAGACGGUUUUGCUGACCCUGGUUGGAUUGGCUGUGGCUUCGGGUCACAGCUCCCAGGAUGCGGACAAGGUCACUGAUGCAGACAUCCAGCGGUUGCUGCACGGAGUCAUGGAGCAGUUAGGCAUUGCUCGGCCUCGAGUCGAGUAUCCGGCUCACCAAGCUACAAACCUGGUGGGGCCACAGAGUAUUGAAGGUGGCGCUCAUGAAGGGUUGCAGCACCUGGGCCCCUAUAGCAACAUUCCCAACAUUGUGGCUGAGCUCACAGGAGAUAAUAUUCCAAAGAAUUUCAAUCAAGAUCAAGGCUACCCAGAUCCACCCAACCCCUGUCCACUGGGGCGAAAAGCUUCUGACGGAUGCUUGGAACACAUUCCUGACACAGCCAAAUUCAGCAGUGAAUACCAGAGCAAUCAAAACCUAUUUAAUUCAGAGCAUAAAUAUCCGGCAGGAGGGAAAUGGAACAAGAACAUGAUGUAUGGAAAUAUGAAAAGUGCAGCAAGGAGGAGAAAAAGGAGCUUGAAUCCAUACCUGCAAGGGAAGAGACUCGACAACGUCGUUGCCAAGAAGUCAGCUCCUCAUUUCUCUGAAGAGGACAAAAGUGCCAAUGAGUUUAUCAUUAACCAAAUUUAAAGUAUCUCGACUUACUGUGUCAGAUAUGGAUCAAUCAUCACAUCUCAAUUCAAAGCUUUAGUACUCACUGUUGAUACUUAGAUAGCAAAUAGAAAAUCUGGCUGUUGCAUGUUUCUGGCAGUGGUGGCAGCUUAAGUUUAAGAAAUAGUGUAAGAGUGCCUUGAUGGUUGCACAAAGGUUAAUCACUACAAUUGUAAUACAAGUCUAAUUUAAAAUUAAAAUUAAUGCACCCAGAACUUAAUGAAGCAUUAAAUGAUUUUAAGCAUAAUUUCAGCAGUCAUCCCAAUAUUUGAAAUUGUAUUGCCAGGAUUUGCAGAUUCAAAUUCUAAUAAGAGCCUUGGGUUAACUGAGACAAUCUCCAGUCCAGACCCUUGCGAAUACUAACACUUUCCCAUCUUAAUAAGUGCAUCCAACUUUCAUUUUAAUAACAAAAAAACAAUGAAUAUAUAUUAAUAACAAUCAAGAAUUUAACUGUGUACCAUAUUAGUAUUUAAAAUGGUUACUUCUUUGAGACAAAAUACUUCUGGUAAAAACAAUUUGUAGAUAGAUACUUGACACCCAUAUUGAUAAACCAUGAAAUACAGAAUACAAUUUCUCUGACCAUUAUUUAUGCAGCUUAAUUGUAAGAUGGAACAAAAAAGAAAUGGAAAAACACUGCUUCACAGUUCAGCAACUCAGUGAUUAGAAUGCCUAACAAAUAUUCUAAUAACACCUCAAAUAGACUAAAGCUAAUUAUUACUAAAAGUAGU